CUGCAAUAAAUUGAGGUAUGUAUAUAUUUAUGUAAGGCAGGCAACCAAGUAUACUUCAUUAUUUGACAGUAGGGUGACAAAUCAAAAUCAUAAUAAAAACAUAACCAGCUUUGCCUUAAUUUAAAAUAUAUAUAUUUUUAGAAUUUUGAAUAUAGAGUAAUCCAAGUAUGGCAUCCAAAGAGGACUGGUGUGCUGACAAACUAUCCAAGCUGCUGAAUGAAGAUCUAAGGAUAUCCACACUAAAUGAGAUCAAGGAGCAUUUUCAGGAGGUCUCGGAUAGUGAGGCAACACAGACUGCAGAGAUCCUGCAGCUGCCUUUGGUGUUUGACUGUUUAAAUGAUUCCAACAGUGAGCAAGUUGAUUUGGCCUGUGAGGUAUUGUCUCUAUGUUUGGAGAAACUUGACAUUGCUGAAACAACUAACAGAUACAGCAUUCCACUAGAACGGGCGCUGACACACCCGAAUUCUGGCGUUAAGUUGAUGGCUCUCAAUGAGAUCUCAAGACUGGUCAAAUGCGAGAACGCCAGGAAGCAUCAGCUCGUUAGUGAAUUGAGUAAAAGACUGCUUCUCACGAACGUUAUCAAAUGCGUGGGCGUCGAGAACCUGCAGGUAGCAGUAACGGCAAGCAACAUCAUUGUUUGCUUUGGAACAAUCGCUACAGAUAGUUUACUGACAAGCAAUGUACUGUCGACAAUCAGAGAGAUGAUGGCGAUCAACGAGAUUGUUCGGUUGAGAUUCUACGAGUUAUUCGUGGAUAUUUGCAGCACGAGUCGCGAGGCUCAUAAUAAGAUCGUCUCGGCUGGUUUAUUAUCACCGAUGAUGAACGAGAUCACCAGCAAAGAUGUUCUGCUUCGGCUCAACAUCAUAGAGAUCAUAUCCAAGUUAGUUAAAUUCGAUUACGGCUACGACUAUUUGGAUAACGAGUCCUGCAUCGACAGGAUUUUCAGGCAGAUCAUGAACGCCGAUGAUCCAAUCUUUCAGCAGCUCUGCGAGCCUGGAAUAUUGAAAUUCUUCGGUCACAUGGCUCACUGCAAGCCCAACCAGGUUUUCAACAAAUAUCCGCAGAUUUUCGACAAGAUUUUCGUGAAUCUAGAGAGCUCCGAUUACACAGCCGUUAAAGUCUCGCUGGAGACGUUAGCCUACAUCGCGUCCUCGGACAAAGCGAUCAUCGAUUCUUUCGUCGGCGAUAAAAUGACGAGGGCGAUCAGAUCGAUCUCUAAUCGUUUGCAGAACCUUCCCACCAAAGACAAGGUCCUCAUUCUGUGCUGGAUGGAGGAUCUGCUCAAAGUCAAUGGUAACGAGAUUGACUCGGAGAUCUGCCUGAAAUGGUUCGAAGCCUUCAGUCAAAACCCUAUGGAUUUAGUCAUGCAUUUCGUCCACAAUCCUUUCGAGGAGGUGCGACUGGGUGGUCUCGGCAUUAUCAAUUCCUUAUCAGCUUACGUCUGGGGUCAAACCAGGAUCAAACAAUUUCCUGGAUUAAUUGAAUUCUUGAUGAACCGCACCGUAGAGACAAGCAAAAUUGUCAAAGAGCUGAAGUAUUCGAUAAUCGCCAAUUUGGUCGCAAACGAUUUCAACGUUUUCCAAAUCGAGACGGUUAAGCAAUUCGAGAACUUCUUGAAGGAGGGUACUUUUUACGUACAAGCCGCAACGGAGAUUGCUUUCGAAAGCAAUGAAUAAUUGAUCUUAUUAUAUAAUAAAAAUAAUACAAUUUUGUCGUUCGACUUUCAAAUCUACAUUACAUAAAUGUAUAUAAAGGCACAUGAAAAACAUACUGUAUCCAUAUAAUCACGUAAUAUAGUCGGUGUAACAUUGAUAAUUAUAUAUACAUAGCCUUAAAUAAAUAAUAUUAAAGGCC